GUUGCUACCAAUAAAACGUUUGUACAAUUAUUUGGAAGUUUAAUCAUUUGGAGGCCGCCAUAGAGGAAACAUGGGUGCUGUCCAUCUCAUCCUUGCCGCACUUCUGUUUGUUCUAACAUUUUGCCAAACUUCAGCCACGGAGGACGGAGAGAAAGCGUACUGUGGCGAACCACCCCAAGUCCUGUUUGCAUAUCGAGUAGCCUCAGCAAAGAAUUACAGCGAAGGCGAGAGAAUCCGCUAUAGUUGUAAAAAAGGAUAUCAGCAUGUUGGCGGAUCUUCAUACAAAUUCUGUCACAUGGGAUUAUGGGUUGGGCAUAACAUUAUAUGUGAACAAAUAACACCAUUAGCGGUCAUUUUGGACCCCAGAGCUUUGGUUGACUACAAGCGUCAGUGUUGUAUCUACGGGUGGCAUUCACGCUCCGCAAACCAGUCGUGUGCGUCCUUGGUAAUAUCGAUGUGCGAGCCGUGCAAAUCCGCCUUCCUGGAGUGUUGUGCAUACCAAGACGGGACCAAAUACGACCUGCAGCACAUGCACUGUGCUCACCCCCCAAAGGUGGCGUACGCUUACGUGUCGGCCCCAGAUAAGUUUUAUGAACACGGAGAGAAAGUUCACUACGCUUGUUUAAAAGGCUAUCAGCAGACCUCCAACACUGCAUACAAAGUUUGUGAAAAUGGAACAUGGGCGGGACAAGACAUCGUUUGCGAAAAGAUUCUCCUGCCUGAAAACCCGGACGUGCAUCCCGAUGUACUGAAGGAUUACAUUCAGCAGUGCUGUCUAAAAGGGUUGAGAGCCGAGACCGAAAGUGAAAGCUGCGAGGAAAUGUUUGUGGACAUGUGCGAGCCCUGCAAGACCCCGUUCCUGAAGUGUUGCUUUGAUAAAACCAUCACAAUAGAUGACCCAAGUCUUUACACCGGAAUUGAAGAAAACUAAUAGUAUACAUUUUAUAUUAUAUUAUUAUUUAUUUAUUUUUAUUUGUUUAUUUUAUUUAUCAUUAUUAUUAUCAUUAUACCACAAGAAAUAUGCUACGAUUUUUAAAUCUGACUUACUCGGUUACGACCCUUGUCCAAACAGUUGAGUCUUCUCUUCUAAUUCAACUGUGGACUCUAUAAAGACAUUAGAGAAGAUCUUUUUAACUUUGCAAUUUUUUAAGAGCAUUCUAAUGCAUUUAAUGAUACUGAAAAGUUUAUAUUUCUCAUGCAAAAUGACCAGAUAUAAUUUAGGACAGUAUAAUUUAUAAACAUACACGUAAUGAUGUCAAAGUCUUGUAUAAAACAUUCUUUUUUUACUUGUUUAAAUGAUCAGUAAAUUAUUUUAAAAACUUAUGAAUUUUAAAUGUAC